AUUUGUCACACAGUUUUUCAACUGCUUGGUCGAUUUUGGUUGUUUAGGGUUUUGCUAAAAUGGCUCCCAAGGCUGAGAAGAAACCAGCAGAGAAGAAGGCUGCCGAGAAGGCCGAGGAGAGGAAAACUGUGGGGGAAAAAACUCCCACUGCCGCUGCUGAGAAGAAGCCCAAGGAGAAGGCUCCUUCAAAGGCCGCCAAAAAAUCUCCGAAGGCAGCCGGUGAUAAGAAGAAGAGGAAGAAGAGAAGCGUGGAGACCUACAAGAUCUACAUCUUUAAGGUGCUCAAGCAGGUUCACCCUGAGGUCGGCAUUUCCAGCAAGGCGAUGGCCAUCAUGAAUUCUUUCAUGAAUGACAUUUUUGAGAAGUUAGCAGGGGAAUCUUCAAAGCUUGUAAAAUACACAAAGAAGGAUACUCUCUCCUCCCGGGAGGUGCAGACGGCUGUUAAAUUGGCUCUUCCCGGUGAGCUUGCCAAGCACGCUGUCUCUGAGGGUACCAAGGCUGUUACGAAAUUUACUUCGGGCUAAGCGAAUCGUAACUUUCUCUGUCUCUCUUUGUUUUGUACGGUGUCUGUUGACACCACCAGUACGUCUCGAUUUGGAAACCCUUUUUUAAUCUUAUAGUUUUCAAAUGCUGUACAUGCCGUAUGGAUAUCUGUGUAUACAUUAUAAGUGGAAAUGACAUUUUACUUAUCGGAA